AUGCCAAGAAUUUACCAGAAGAAAACUGAAAAGUCCUAUUCAACAAAUGAUUUACAUAAUGCCAUCAAAGAUUUCAAAACUAGUGAAAAACCGUCCUGCCUCAGUUCAGCAAAAAGAUAUGGGAUUCCUGAAGCUACCCUAAGACGUUAUCUGAAGAAUAAUGAAGAAGAUCAUCCAGUUCAUGGAGGAAGAUUUAGAAACACUUUUUCAGAAUCCCAAUUGAAACAACUAAUCAACUACAUAUCAGACAUAGAUAAACGUGCGUUUGGUCUAACUAAAAUUCAGUGUAAAAAAAUGGUAUUUGACUUUGCAGAACACAAUAAUAUUCCACAUCGUUUUAAUCGAGAAACAAAAAUGGCUGGUGAUGAUUGGCUAGCAAAUUUUAUGAGUAAAUACAAGUUUAGCCUGAGAGCACCUGAAGCUACCUCAAUUGGGCGGCUUAUGGCAUUUAAUAAAAAUAAUGUACAAUCAUUUUUUACUACACUGAAAGAACUUCGUUUAAAAUACAAAUUUAAUGCUAGUCAAAUUUUUAACAUUGAUGAAUCUGGAGUAUCUACAGUUCCAACCAAACUUCCUAAGGUUAUAUCUCCUACCGGUUCACGCAGAGUAACAAAAAUAGUAUCAGGAGAGAGAGGUAAAAAUAUCACUGUAGUUUGUGGCAUGAGUGCAAUAGGUGUUUUUGUGCCACCCUUUAUUAUAUUUCCCCGUAAAAGAAUGAAACUUGAAUUAAUGAAUAACACUCCGCCAGGUUCAUUUGGCACAUGCAAUGAAAGUGGAUGGAUGACAUCUGACACAUUUCUUAUUUAUCUUGAACAUUUUGUCAAACAUGUCAAACCAUCAGCUGAAAAUGAAAUUCUCUUAAUUCUUGAUAAUCAUGCAUCUCAUGUAUCGUUAGAUGCCAUAAAUUUUUGUCGUGAAAAACAUAUUAUAAUGUUGGGGUUUCCUCCACAUACUACUCAUCGGCUUCAGCCAUUAGAUGUUUCUGUAUUCGGGCCAUUAAAAACGUUUUACAGUCAAGUUUGUGACAAUUUCUUAGUCAGUCACCCAGGGCGAGCAAUAGUUGAUCAUGACAUUGGAAUGUUGUUUGGACAAGCAUAUAAUAAAGCAGCUACUGUUGGAAAUGCAGUACAUGGAUUUAGAGCUACUGGCAUUGAACCAUAUAAUCCAUUAGUAUUUUCCGACUUGGACUUUGAAUCUUCUGUUGUUACUGAUAGGCCGUUAGAAGAAGAAAACACAGUGCAUGUGGCUGAAAUUCCUCCAAGAAUAGAAGUUAUAAAUAUUGUAGGAGGGUCAUUAGAUACUGAUGUUUUAAGUGUUGAUGAUCAUAAUAUACCAAAUGAAACCACAAGAGAAGUUCCAUUUUUGGAAAAUAAUGAACAGACUCCAGGAUCUAGUGGUACAUAUAGAAUAACAGCUACACUUCCACCACUCCCAGUAGCUGAAAUAAAAAUAUCUAAACGAGCACCAAGAGCUAAACCACCAAGUCUUGUGAUAAGUAGUACUCCUGUUAAAAAUAUGAUGGAAGAAAAAAAACAACAAAAAGAAAAAAAGGAACUUCAAAAAAUGGAACGUGCUGAGAAGAGAAAACUUAAAAAGUUAGAAAAACAAAAAAAAUGCAACAAAAAAUCAUCCACAGAAGAACCAACAUAUGUUCAAACUGAUGAUGACGACUCUGCUGAUGAGGAAUGUCUUUUCUGCUUACAGCUCUAUAAAAACGACACCAAAGGAGAAGACUGGAUAAAAUGUAUUAUAUGUUCUAGAUGGGCUCAUGACUUAUGUGCAGAAAUUGAUGACUGGAAAGUAUUUUCAUGUGAUUUUUGUAACAACAAAGACUGA